UUGUGUCGACUUUUUAACACAACACAUAAACACACUAAAGCAAGAUGGCCAAGAAUAAGACACCGGUUCACGUGGAGGAGGGUGUCGAAUCAGAUGAAAUGGAAGAUUCAAGUUCUGAAAUUGAUGAAAAAUCAGAAGACAGACUUUCAGGGUCUGAUGCAGACUCAGAAAAUGAGGAUGAUCUGCCAGAGAGUGAAGAAGUGCCUGAGAAGUCAGCCAUGGCCAGUGUCGUGGCUAGAAUCUUAUCGAAAGAUAUAUCAAAGAGUAAUCGUGUUCUUUUAGCUAAAGGAAAGACAGACAAAGAGAUCCUUCAAGAUAUUUCUGAAAGGAAGCGUGCGAGAGAAAAAUCUGAGGAAGAUCCAACCAAACCAAAACAGAAAAAACGUUCUGAGACUGGUGAAGAUGAGACAGAUUUUUUCAAGGAAGAAAAGCGGAAAAUAUGGGAAUCCAUGGCCAGGAAAAUACCGUCUGUGCUGGAUCUUCCAAAAGAGACAAAACUGCGCAAGAUAGCUACUCAGGGUAUGGUGCAGCUGUUUCGUUCUGUUCAUGAACACCAGAAAGUCAUGAAGCAGAAGCUGUCAUCCGUGGGAGCGUCAGAGAGGAAAAAAGACAAAGUGAUGUCAGAAUUCACGAAGGGGAAAUUUCUUGAUCUUCUGAAAGGCAAAGAGUCAAAGACAGACAAAAAGGAAGGCAGUGGAAAAUGGAAAAUUCUACAAGAUGACUACAUGAUGGGUGCUCAAAUGAAGGACUGGGAUAAGGAAGACCCUGAGGAUGGCAGUGAUCUUGAUCAAGAGAACCCAAUGGAAGAUGAUGUUUUGUCGGACAAUGAUUGAAUAAAUAUAUAUAUCUAAUUUUUACACUUGC